UUCCGCUUUCAGGCACUGAGUCAUGUGAUGUGCAGAUCACAUGCCCUGCAUAGUCACGUGCUGUCACAUCGGGCGCAAAGGAGGCGAUGAACCGGAAACUCACGGAAGCCCGACUAGUCACCGACUGUCUCUGUGUCUGUCGCCUCUCACAUUAUUGCUCUUCCUCUGGAUAUGUAUCCAUGUAACUAGUCCGACGCGCCUCAUUCUUUUCCUUAUUCUUAUUAUCACCUGAUUUUCGUUGGUCUUUCUCUCCUUCCCAGUGCUCUCUCAUUGAGCGCUCCGAUCUCCUUCCACGGGCUGGAAGGGUCUCUCUGGUCGUGGUCUAGAAUCCCCCGAGUCCUAG